ACAAGCAAUGCCAAAGGGAAGGCUGAGUCAUCACCGGAGAGCGGGAAGGGUGGCCACAGCAGCGGAGAGUCCAAACCCCAGAGCUGACAUCACAGAGUACCAUUUCUCCAAGUUGGGGGCUCAGAGGGGAGCCAUCAUGUGCGAUGUCACCAUCGUGAAAGAAGGUUGGGUUCAGAAGAGGGGAGAAUAUAUAAAAAACUGGAGGCCGAGAUACUUCCUUUUGAAGACAGAUGGCUCAUUCAUAGGAUAUAAAGAGAAGCCUCAAGAUGUGGAUUUACCUUAUCCCCUCAACAACUUUUCAGUGGCAAAAUGCCAGUUAAUGAAAACAGAACGACCAAAGCCAAACACAUUUAUUAUCAGAUGUCUCCAGUGGACCACUGUUAUAGAAAGAACAUUUCAUGUAGAUACUCCAGAGGAAAGGGAAGAGUGGACAGAAGCUAUUCAGGCUGUAGCAGACAGACUUCAGAGACAAGAAGAGGAGAGAAUGAACUGUAGUCCAACUUCACAAAUUGAUAAUAUAGGGGAGGAAGAGAUGGACGCUUCCACAACCCAUCAUAAAAGAAAGACAAUGAAUGAUUUUGACUAUUUGAAACUACUAGGUAAAGGCACUUUUGGAAAAGUUAUUUUGGUUCGAGAGAAGGCAAGUGGGAAAUACUAUGCUAUGAAGAUUCUGAAGAAAGAAGUUAUUAUUGCAAAGGAUGAAGUGGCACACACUCUCACUGAGAGCAGAGUGUUAAAGAACACUAGACAUCCCUUUUUAACAUCCUUGAAAUAUUCCUUCCAGACAAAAGACCGUUUGUGUUUUGUGAUGGAAUAUGUUAAUGGGGGAGAGCUGUUUUUCCAUUUGUCGAGAGAGCGGGUGUUCUCUGAGGACCGCACGCGCUUCUACGGCGCAGAAAUUGUCUCUGCCUUGGACUAUCUACAUUCCGGAAAGAUCGUGUACCGUGAUCUCAAGUUGGAGAAUCUGAUGCUGGAUAAAGAUGGCCACAUAAAAAUUACAGACUUUGGACUCUGCAAAGAAGGGAUCACAGACGCGGCCACCAUGAAGACAUUCUGUGGCACACCAGAGUAUCUGGCACCAGAGGUGUUAGAAGACAAUGACUAUGGCCGAGCUGUGGAUUGGUGGGGACUAGGGGUCGUCAUGUAUGAAAUGAUGUGUGGGAGGUUACCUUUCUACAACCAGGAUCAUGAGAAACUUUUCGAACUAAUACUAAUGGAAGACAUUAAAUUUCCUCGGACACUCUCUUCAGAUGCAAAAUCAUUGCUUUCAGGGCUCUUGAUAAAGGAUCCAAAUAAACGCCUUGGUGGAGGACCAGAUGAUGCAAAAGAAAUUAUGAGGCACAGUUUCUUUUCUGGAGUUAACUGGCAAGACGUAUAUGAUAAAAAGCUUGUACCUCCUUUUAAGCCUCAAGUAACAUCUGAGACAGACACCAGAUAUUUUGAUGAAGAAUUUACAGCUCAGACUAUUACAAUAACACCACCUGAAAAAUAUGACGAGGACGGCAUGGACGGCGUGGACAGCGAGCGGCGGCCGCACUUCCCUCAGUUCUCCUACUCUGCCAGUGGCCGGGAGUGAGGCCCGCGCUCUGCUCCUCCGCGGUCAGCUGAGAGUUUCUUCCUCGAGAAGAUUCCUGGACUCCACACCAGUCGUAGCUCUUACAAAGCAGGAGCGCCCCCAGACACCCCGGCCCACGCGCACCCCCACGAGAACACGCCUGUACGCAGACACACCUAUUUGUUUUUGCAUGAAAUUGUAUCUCCGUCUACGGUCUCAUGCUGCUGCUGCUACUGUCUUACUGUUCUAUAAGCAACUUUACGAGGUAAUUUUACAAUCUUUGGAAGUCACGAGCCCGCCAGUGUUCAUUUGUGCACAGUUGUCACCUUUCGAUCCUUUGGUUUUUGUUUUUCCCUAACAGUGAAGGCUAAAUGAGAUACACUGAUUCUAGGUACAUUUUUUAACUUUCUAGAAGAUAAAUCAAAAACUAAUUAGACUAAGAAGACUUAGCGUGUAAUUCAGAACGAGCGGUUGCGGCGGGGCAGUGAUGUGCACAGUCGGGGUUGUAGGAGAGCCUCUCGGCUCAGUGCACAGAGUGGGGAGCGCACGCACACCUGGCUGGAGCCGCAGGGAGGCCUCCGAGCGGAGGCCUGACGCACCGUGGAGCUAGCUCGAUACACACACACUCAGUCCCCACCGGACGCUGCCCAGAAGCCUGCCGCCCCGCCCAGACGUCCACACCUCGAGGGCGGCCGUGGGCAGAUGGACACUGUCCGCCAGGAACGGCGGCCUGUGCUCGGCGAAGGCGGGUCACUUAAUGGGGCUAUGAAACCAUUUGCACCAGAGAGCUUUUUUGUUUUUUUAAUUUUUUCCCUGUGCGUGGAAACCUCUUUCCCUUCUUGAUAUUUAUCACCUCUGAUGGCUGAAGAAUGUAGACAGGUAUAAUGACCCUGCUUCUCACCAAAAUCUGUACACCAAGGUAAACAGGUGUUUGCCUUAUUUGUUUUAAGUUUUUACUUUGAGUUCUACGUGAAUUAGCUUUUUCUCAGAUGUUAAAACUUUGAAUGUCCUUUUACGAUUUUGUUUAUUUUGCAGUAGUAUUUAUUUCUUAGUGAAGAAAACUGUGUGUCAUGUUAGCAAAUGCAGCGCCAACUUAUAUGAAACAGACUCACUGCAGUUAAUUUUGACCCAUGUGCAAGGAUGUACACGCCGAUGAGGCAUGCACUUUUUCUCCUAUGUGACAAAAUCCGAUGAGGCCCUGAAAUUGUACAUCUUGGUUAGAAUCUGGCUUUGAGAGAAGAGAUGCUGUCAUUUAACCCCUUGGUGCUGAAAGUGUGGAAAAUCCCAAACUCUCCAAGCCGAGGGGUUGAUGAGACGAAGGAUGUCGGUGCUGCUCGCUGGAGGACGGACGGGCUCUGGCACCUGGCCGCGUGGCACGGGGGGUGGAGACUGAGCCCCGCGUGACCGUGAGGAGCGAACUUGGCUUGGCAAAACGAACACAUCUCGAGUAUUUACACAGUAGGCAGUAAGGGGUGAGAACCUGGUGUGUUUAUUCUGCUCAUGGUACAUUUAUCACUGAAUUAAGCCAUCAGGGAAAAUACAAAACAACACAAAAAAAGAACACCUCCAACUUUUCUUUUUCUGUAUAUACUCAUGUCCCCCAGUUCCAACAUUUUUCACUGAGAGGGGACAUGUAUGCAGACCUCAUCUUUCUCCUUCAUUAAUGAUGAUCUUCAGAUUAAACCCUUUGGUGCUAGGAGCUGACAUUUUCCAAAGCAGCCUAUGAAGUCCGGGGACUGGGGGCCCUGUUGCGGAAGCUGGCAGCCAGCCGGCCCCACGGAGCGACCCUGGGGAUGGAUUGGUCACGUGACCUGACAGCUCCCGUGGAAGACUGCGGCAUGACGUGCUGUCACUGUCGAGAUGCAUUGUGCGCAAGAGCGAGUGACUUUCUGAGUAGGAUGAAUCCUAUUCGUACGCAGAUGUCUUAGCCUCGUGACGCUGGAAAUGUGGUCUGUGCAGGAGUCGCCACUGCUGGCGGUGGGCGGGCCACUGGGGCUGAGGGGUUAGAGGGCAUUUUACUAAGGCAGCUAAGACAUACUCAGACCUAGGUGUCACCCUAAGUUUUCGUAUUUCUACCUGAGUGGGGUUCUUCCUCAGCAUCGAGUAGGAAGUUACAGGAGAUGGUAGUUCAUUCUUUCUGACACAUGUAGCUUCACUUUUUUGGUUUUUUCUUCCCUUGGAAUUAUGUUGAAUGUUUCACUUUGACUAUAAAGUAGAUUAGGAGGUAUGUCCUGUAAGUUGUGUCGCAUCCAUUACGUACAGGAGGGACAGAGAGAGGCAGAGAAGGCGGCUGAGGCUGGCUGUUGUUCUCACGGAGCUUCCGUCCCUUUUGAGGGAAAGGGGAGCCCUGUACACUAAGCACUUCGAUAGCUUCCACCCCCCAAACCUUAAGGGGAUUUCCAUGACCCUGGCCGGGGACACUCCUAAAGGUCCGUGACUGCAUGGACGGUGCCCCAGGCUGGCCAAGCCUCCCAGCCUGCUCUCGGGGCCCAGCACUCUCAGCCUCAAGAUCCGCCAGGGGCACAGAGGUGUUCCCUUGGCUCCGAUUUCCAGACUUCCCCCACCUCCCCCACUCUCACUCCCAGGUCUCCAUCCGCUGGCGCCGAGGAGCGACAGGAAAACAGACGUGUGUAGAGGGAGAUUUCUGGAGAUCUCUGCACCUGCCCUCCCAUGGCUGUGGUGUGGGUUGCCGCCAGCUGGGCAAGGCCUGAAACCUGGGAUCAUUCUGUCAGAAUUCGGUUCAGACUUUGUGGACUCCACCCGCACUAACUCUCAUGACGUCUGCCCUCUUGUCCUAAUGCAGCCACCCGGGAGGAAGUUGGCCAUUUCUGCUUGGAUUUCUGGCAGGUUGCUCACAGCUUUGCUUUCAACACUAACUACAUAGCAUUAUUCCAGUAUUUUCCAUUUUCCCGUACCUGAUUUCCAGCUUCUCAGAGCUGACUGUUCUUGCAGGGGCCCCUUGCUUCUCCUAGAGGACGAAGGGUAAGGGCCUCCCUUACUAACUGCAGGGUCCCUGCCCUACACCUCAGCGCACACACUUUGCUGCUACUGUUUGUACUGUCUCCAGUAGAAUUUCCUGAUCUUGCUCCUGGUAGUGCAUUACAGGCAAGCAUGAAAUGUAAAGUAUUUAUUUAAAUAAAAAGAAAACCUCUAAAUUGGUAAUUGAAUUACCUCCCUGUAGCUUUAUAGUUUGUGACAUUUCUUGACCUUGCUAGUUCUUUCAUUAGAUCCGCGCAAGAUCUAGUCAUCUGGUUAAGGAUUUUAAGCAGACGCAACUAUGAACCCAAGAAACUGUAUUACUCUUACUGUUGGUCAUACUAAAACUGUUCAUUUCCUUAAGUAUAUGACCCACAAGGAUGUGAAAUAACUACAAGAAACUGUUUUUGUACACUGUACAUCCUCAGUAUUUUUACACGUCUAUGAUAGGGAUGCACAUUAUUUCCCUUCGUACAGACAGCGUAAAUAAAGCACUAUGCCAAUCUGCUACUUCUCUGUUUAUUGUUGUUGGACAUGGGUCUGUAAUCUCAGAAACUCAUCUUUUCUGGAAAACAAAAGAUCUGUAACAGCUCCAGCUGGUACUCCCCUACCCUCCGUCAAAUGUGACAGGAAAACACGGCAGUUUCUUGUAGCCCCGGACACACACACAGGAUUCUUUUGUUACUUCAGUGACAUGGCAGUAGUGCGGUCGUGCAGACUGAUGCAGGGCCACUUCCUAAGGGGAGAGGUCGGCCGUGCCGCGGUGGGCUCGGGGCAGGUCUCCGUGAAGUCAGGGACGGAGCGGGUCUCCUUGGAGAUGUGUUCAGUGAGACCUAACAGUCUUCAUAGCGGACGGUCUGGACCCAGAACUCUCUUGAGGAGUGUAGCUCAUCGGCGACGUCUUCCUGAUAACGCAAAACUCGCUGUUCCGCACGCCUCCCUUCCGAGGGUGUCUGUCCGCAGGCGAGCGCUGCGGCCGGGGCUGCUCGGCGGGUAGAGCGGCUGCCCCACGGUCUCCUCUCUCUAGAAGCAUUUUGGAUGGGGCCUUUUUCCGAUUUUACCUCAUAAACUUACUAUCGUAGAAACUUGGCUUCUGGGACUAAGCUAAGUAGGGGAAUGGCUUUGGGACCAAAGUGAGUCAGGCAUGCACGUGUGUGUCACACAGCCAAAUCCGAGGGCAUUCUUCCCUGUGCUCUUCUCUCAAAACCACUGGGAUUGACCGGUCCAGGAGGCUAAGAUAAAGUGACCUCUUAACAGUUCUUUAAAGGUGCUAUUUUUAGAAUAUUGUGUCAUUUACUGUAUUCCUAAAACAGUUAGGGACAAUUACCAUACCUUCUGUGACACCCUUUAUGUCUAGCACAUUUGAGAUUGAAAACUGGAUCCAAAUAGACGUUCUGCUCUUCCAGGCUUGAACCUUGUCCGUGGUCAAGAGACUCUUGAACGGCCUUUGCGUGUGUAUCAUCCCACUGCUGCCGCCGCAUCCCCACCCAUCCUGAGAGGCACGGGUGAGGGAUGCUGAGGGUGAGGGCGAGGGUGCAGGGUCGCCGGCGGGGAGAGCAGCCCGAGGUCAGGGCCCUGCAGCCUGCGGUGUUCCGUUGUCCUCCUCACAGACAACCCAGCAUCUUCAGCGCCCAUCUUGAUUCCUUUCCAGCAUCCGAGGGCUUAGCUGUGUAUGGUAGAAACACUAUUUGGAGCAAAAACAGCACUCUGUUUACAGAUCUGGUAGAACUCCAAGUCAGUUCUGUAAUUGCACGAAGUACAUUUUCAGGUUCCUCUCAAACACCGCACAUUGAAGAAGAAACCCGACACCACCAAGCCAAAGACACUUCCUUGUCUGUUUUUGUUGUUAACGGGGCGGACAGGAGAGCAGUGCUUUCUGGGGUCUCCUGACUGUGCAGAGUAGCAGGAUGGUCAAUAAUGGAGUCAUACGGGACGUUGAGUCAGAGCGUAGGAAGUGGAGGGACGGUGUCUAGCCCACGAAGAGGGAGAGAAACGUGAAUGGCAGGAAGAAAGUCUGGUCCUUAAUACCCUUUGGCCUAGUUAAAAUAUGUGCCUUUUUGGUGUGUUUCGUUCAUCACAACAAGGUAAAAAGGAAACGCUUCAAUUCAGGUCUUUACAAAAGUUCAUUUAUUGAAACUCACGUGUGUAACAGGAUACAAAUAAGCAGAUUUAUCAAAACAUAGUUAACUUCAAGCCAUUUCUGCAAACAUGGCCGCAGGAGGUCUCCUGGGCCGGCUCUGCAGCCCGCCCUGGCCACGUGGGCGCCGCGGGGCAGUGGACGCGACUGGCCCGGCCACCGGGAAGGCCGUGGGGCGCUGUGGCAUCUCACAAACAAAUCAGAUGAAUGUAAAUAUCUCUUUGUAAACCAUUUAUUUCACUCUGUUUCAUCCAGGUCAGCAAUCAGAUUGUGGCAUGCUGGGUAACUGGAAAAUAAAAAUGAUAAUAAAAAGUAAGUUUAAAUAGA